AUGACCACUUCAGCAGCAGCAGCAGUAUCGCCUCUCAAGCUCACCCUGCGCAAGUCGCUUGACCGUGGUAUCGCCGACCACGGAUGGCUCAAAUCUGCACAUACAUUCUCCUUUGCCAACUACUACGACCCUGCACACAGCCAACACGGGCCUCUCCGUGUCAUCAAUGAAGAUUUCAUCGAAAAGGGCACAGGUUUUGGGAAACACCCACACCGAGAAUUUGAAAUCUUUACCUAUGUCAUUGAUGGUGUGAUUCAACAUGAUGAUUCCAUGGGCAAUAGCGAACUCGUCAAGCGCGGUGAAAUCCAAAUGACCUCAGCGGGGACGGGUAUUCAACAUGCCGAGUAUAAUGGUAGUCAAGACCAAGAAGGUCAUAUCUGUCAAAUUUGGGUGAAACCCAACAAAGCAGGCCUCACACCACGCUAUGCAACAGGUGAUUUCUCAGACGACACGAAACGCAAUGUCUUGAAACGCGUUGUUGCGUCUGCAGAUGCCAUGCAAGGCGGAGAAUCGGAUGCAGUACCGAUCCAUGCGAACCUGAGCAUGUACGCAUCGCUUCUUGAACCCGGAAAGACAGUUUCUCAUGUGCAGAAACGUACGUUUGGGUAUAUUCAUCACAUCAUGUCUUCUGGAUUCAAGACGCCCAAGACCGGUACCUCUCAGCUAAAAGUCAAUGGUCAAGUGCUCAACGAGGGAGACGGCCUAUACAUCGACCGGAAAGCAGGUGAGGGUGAGGCAUUGCUGGAGAUCGAGAGUACAGGCGAGCAACGCGCUGAGUUCUUGCUCUUUGAUAUGGAUAACUGA